UGUUUCCGGUCGGACGCGGGUCGGCGCCGGACGUGUUCCCGUUGACAUUGCUGAGGAGGAAGUGGAGCGGAAGAGACAGAAACAGCGUUACCAAACCCGAAGGUUUCAUCACCGGAGGGGGCCGCGAUUCAGUGGCAGCCCGCUUCUUCGCCGUGACACCGGGACACCGGGAGCGAGUCAUGUAUCGGCGGCCGCUGCAGUCAGCCGCCAGGGCCGCUAUCAACGCGACGGCGUCCCGGCCCGCCGGCGGAAAGGUGUUGAGUCAGGAAGCCGGUUUCUCCAGAGCUUCUGCAGCCUGCCGGAUGGCCAGAGCCCCCCCUCCUCGUCUGACAGCAUGUCGGACGCUGCACAUCAGCACACAGUUGUGCAACGUGAAGGAGACCCGUCAGCACACGGAGGAGGAGGUCGGCGCCUUCACCAAGCUCAUCGAGGCCAUGGGCUUCACGGGAACGCUGAAAUACAACAAAUGGAAAAUCAAGAUCGCUGCGUUGCGCAUGUACACCUGCUGUGUCGAGAGGAUCAACUACGACGACUUCUUUGAGAAGUGCUCUCUCCCCGACACACUCAACUCCUGGUUCUUGGUAGCGCAGCUACACGUGUGGAUGUGUUUGGUGCGUAUGCGUCAGGAGGGCAGAGAAGGGAAGUACAUGUGCCGUUACAUCGUCCACUCCAUGUGGGAGGACGUGGAGCAGAGGAGCAAGAUCAUGGGGAUCGAUGCCAGCCACAGGAAGGAGGGAUUGAAGUCGAUGACAGAGACAUUCUACGCCGCCAUCUUUGGAUACGACGAGGGCAUCCUGUCGGAUGACGGCGUGCUGGCUGCCGCUCUGUGGAGGAACCUCUUCAACUGCGAGUGUGACGACCCCCGGCAGCUGGAGCUCAUGGUGGGAUACGUACGCAAGCAGAUGCAGUACAUUGACGCUCUGGAUGGGGAUGACCUGAUCCUGACUGGGGAGGUGAAGUGGCGCCCCCUGGUGGAGGACAACGCUCAGAGCAUCCUUAAGGUGGCCACGCCCACGUACAACGACACCGGCCUGUGAAACGUUGACCUCUGACCCUUGCCGCCACAUUAUGUCUCCUCAUCAUGUCUCCUGUCUUCUCUUCUCUUCUGUCAUGGAAGGAUAGACUUUGAAUAUUUAGGGAUCACACAAACGCACACACACAGCAGAACAACCGCUCCAACAACAGGAUUCCUCCUUUUCCUCCUCCUGUUUUAAAAGCUUCUUUUCUGACCCACAUUAACGCUUCGUUGUAUUUAUAAAGUAUUUUGUAUACCUCAACGUUUACACCCCCCUCCCCCUCCUGUCACCGCUCCUCCUCCACUGUGUGUAGCCUUAAGCGAGUGAAAGUCAGGUGACCUGAAAUAAUGGUUCUCGUAUCCUCCCCCUCUCUCCUCUAUGAAAAGAAAAUUGAGAUAUUUUUGUUCUUGUUUUUAAAAAAGUGAAUAAAUUUAAACUUUCUCUGGA